CUCGUCACCAAGGCCGAGGAGGAGUCGUUAACAGCGGCGCCUUGGCGGAAAGAUGGCGGCGGCCAUAGAGUGACCGGACAGCGGAGGCUCCGGGAUCCCGCUGUGGCUCGGAGAGGGAACGAUGAAGUGAUGGAUCAUGAUGCUCCGACCAUCAGGCCCCGCAGAAUCCAGAACCAGAAUGUCAUCCACCGCCUGGAGCACCGAAGGAUCAGCUCUGGUAAGGCUGGCACUCAUUGGCACCAAGUCCGGGUCUUCCACCAGAAUGUCUUCCCCAACUUUACUGUGGUCAACGUUGAGAAGCCACCCUGCUUCCUGCGCAAGUUCUCCCCCGAUGGACGCUACUUCAUUGCUUUCUCCUCUGACCAGACCUCCUUGGAGAUCUACGAGUAUCAGGGCUGCCAAGCAGCAGAGGAUCUCCUGCAGGGUUAUGAGGGAGAGAUUUUGGCCAAUGGCAAUGACCAAAGAUCUGUCAACAUCCGUGGGCGGCUCUUUGAACGUUUCUUCGUCUUGCUUCAUAUCACCAACGUGGCCUCCAAUGGCGAACACUUGAACCGCGAGUGCAGUUUGUUCACAGAUGACUGUCGCUAUGUAAUUGUUGGCUCUGCUGCCUACCUGCCCGAGGAACCUCACCCCCCAUUUUUUGAGGUUUAUCGUAACAGUGAGUCAGUGACCCCUAAUCCCAGGUCCCCCUUGGAGGACUAUUCUCUGCAUAUCAUAGAUCUUCACACAGGUAGACUGUGUGACACAAGGACAUUCAAAUGUGACAAAGUCAUAUUGUCUCACAACCAGGGCCUAUACCUGUAUAAGAAUAUCUUGGCUAUUCUCUCUGUGCAGCAGCAGACUAUUCAUGUCUUUCAAGUGACACCCGAGGGCACAUUCAUUGAUGUACGGACUAUAGGUCGCUUCUGCUAUGAGGAUGAUCUCCUGACCCUGUCUGCUGUCUAUCCAGAAGUGCAGCGAGACACUCAGACAGGGAUGGCAAACCCGUACAAAGAGCCCUUCAUAAAUUCUCUGAAACACAGACUGUUGGUGUACCUGUGGAGGAGGGCAGAGCAGGAUGGGAGUGCAAUGGCAAAAAGGAGGUUCUUCCAGUACUUUGAUCAGUUGAGGCAGCUGCGCAUGUGGAAAAUGCAGCUAUUGGAUGAGAGCCAUCUGUUUAUUAAAUACACCAGUGAAGAUGUGGUCACAUUGCGGGUGACAGACCCUUCGCAGCCUUCGUUCUUUGUUGUGUACAACAUGGUGACCACAGAGGUUAUUGCUGUGUUCGAGAACACUUCGGAUGAGCUACUGGAGCUCUUUGAGAACUUCUGUGACCUCUUCAGGAAUGCCACCCUGCACAGCGAGGCUGUCCAAUUUCCCUGCUCAGCUUCCAGUAACAACUUUGCCAGACAGAUCCAGCGCCGGUUUAAGGACACUAUUGUGAAUGCAAAGUAUGGAGGGCACACAGAGGCUGUGCGGAGGCUGCUAGGUCAGCUCCCAAUCAGCGCUCAGUCUUACAGCGGCAGCCCUUACCUUGACCUCUCCCUCUUCAGUUAUGAUGACAAGUGGGUGUCAGUCAUGGAACGGCCAAAGACGUGUGGAGAUCACCCCAUCAGAUUUUAUGCCCGAGAUUCUGGCCUUCUGAAGUUUGAAAUCCAAGCAGGACUCUUGGGCCGACCCAUCAAUCACACAGUACGACGCCUGGUUGCAUUCACCUUUCACCCCUUUGAGCCCUUUGCCAUCUCGGUGCAGCGGACUAAUGCAGAAUAUGUUGUUAAUUUCCACAUGAGGCACAGCUGCACAUAGUACAAUACUGGGCUGGGGCAGCUGUUGCCAUCGUGGACACACCAAAGCCGGACACUCAUGCCUUGUAGGAAACCAAACCAUUGGUCACCGAAGGAACUUGACCUGGAAGCCCUAACCAACCAGCAUUGUUCCCCAGCGUCUGCAGCUGGCACUCGCAAGCCAUUGGAAGAGAAUCCCGUUGUACUUCUGAAGAAGCCAUCUUGAUGGAGAUUAGUCUUGUGACUUUUUUCUUUCUAUAGAUACCAUCCAGUUCAUAUUGCCAAAGCCCCUUGUUGCAUUAAACCCUGUCUUUUCCCACACCUAUUGGUGAACAAAAUGUAGCUGAGAAACCUUGCCUGUUUCCCCAAGGAGUGUUGUCUUUUCUCUCGCUUUAUCUGUUCUGUGAUAGGAAAGACAGAGUUCUCAAACACUCUUUCUAUACCGGUGCCCUUCUACUUAGUCAAGACAAGUAGCCCAUCUUACAGAGUGAGAAUAGAAGCCACGGUGGUGGUGGGGUUUUAUUUGUACUUUCACUGUUAUGAGGAAACUAAACUAGAUCUUGUGAUUCACACAGUGCACUCAAGGCAUUAGGGGAGAAAGGUCUCUGGUAGUGGAGUGGUCUAGUAGUUAGAGCAGGUCACUGGAAUCAGGGGAGAUGAUUUCUGUUCCUGACUCUUAUGCAAGUCACUUAAUCUUUGUGCCUUAGUUUCCAACCGUAGAAUGAGGAUGUGACCUUCUGAAAAGCACCUGGAGCCCCUCAGAUGAAAGGUGGCAGGUACCAAGGAAGGGAAGCCAGAACAGCCGACUGCAUCCCUAACGUGUGAGCUAGUGUGUAGGGUGGGAAGAUGGGUAGCUAGCAGCAGGAAUGCAUGAGAGAGGCUUAGGGAAAAGAGCUGCACGGACCGAGAAUGUGUCCCCAGGGGUAUGUGUUGUCCUCUUCCCUCACCUUGCUUCCGCUGACGGUGUGAGAGAGCCAGCCCCAGUCUCUGGUGCAUGCCAGGUAUGUGAAUGUGGAGAAUGUCUGUCUGACUUGUGGCAUCCUUGUCUUUCCCAUGGCUACUAUGUGAUUGCUCAGACUGUGAGGUUAUAAUCACCAGGAGAUAACAAGGUUAGACCUGAAAGAGCUGAUUUCAGAGUGUCUGCAUCUGUUUGGCACUGGAAUGUCACGUGCUUGCCUUUCCCCUGAAGUUAGAGGAUAGCUAGGCUGGAUUUUGUACUAGGAGAAGGGGAGACUUGUGUAUUGCUGGGAGCUUGUAGCUGAAGGUCUGACUUACUGCUGCCUGUCCUCUCCUGCUUCACACCCUAUUCUUUAUGAGAACUGGGGAUGAGGUAGCAAGGGGUGCCAAUGGGUGACUGCCUGGGAUUGAAGCACAGCUUGCUAGUAUAUCACUGUACGCUUCAAGCAAGAUUGACUUCUACGUUGUCUGAGAUGUCUUCAAAAUGAGCUGCUACACUUGCAUCCAGAAGAUGUGCACCUAAAUGCCUCUGGGUCUGAGCUUGUACAGGCUUGUAUAAAUGCUGGCCCUACUUUGAUCUGAAGAUCACUUAACUGUUGGCUGCAUUUGUACUACAAGGUAGCACAUGGGCUUUCUCGAAACCUGUGCAUACCAAAAUGUGCAUGUUGCUAGGGGAUGUUGUCAUCUUAGGCAAACAAGGUUGGUUAUGGGUGCUAGAUCGACACUGGAAACUGCUGUUCUUUGAUGCACAUGAUGGGCCAUGACAGGGCACUGUCCUUGAGGGCACCCCCCCCUCGAAGGAAAGCCCUUCAGACUAAAAGCCCAUUCGUAUCUGCUGAAGGUACUCAAAAGGAGGCCAGUUGUCUGCUCAGAAAGUCCUGAGGUCACAAGCUCAUCUCAGACAUCACUGAAUAGCCAUCAGAUAAUCUUAUUUUUGUCACUAUUGACCUGGGCAGGGUUUGGAUACCUCACCUAGAUGUGACAAGCUCCUCAUCCCACCCUAGAUUCCUUGAGCCAUCCUGUCCUUUGGAUGUUUACAGCCCUCAAUGUAGUUCUUUUGCUUUAUCUUCCUUUCUUCUGUCCUCCCAAACACAGCCCCAUCGCAAUGCUAUACAGCAGUUUUUGUAUAAGGAUCUCAAAGCACUCUUACAAAAGUAUUGCUGCCAUUUUGCAGAUGGUGAAAUUGAGACUCAGAUGAAAUAAUUCAUAUGACCUUGUGUAAACUGAGUAUAGAAUUGACUUCCAGUUCUAACCAGUAGCCCAUUUGCAUCUGUGCAGGAUUGCUCAGGGCUUUCAAAGCCUGGCUAUGGAAAAUGUAGUCCUAGGACAAGAAUACAUAUUUCUUGUCUUCUUUCCCAGGGUAUUUGCGCUGAUGGGAAGUUUCUCAGGACUGUAACAAAUGACUUCAGGUUGGGAGGCCACUUGCUGGGGGAGGUGUCAGGACAUGCAUGCAGUAGUGCCUCAUUCCUCUCCAGCUCAGAACACUAUUUUCUUUCACCUACAACCUGUUUCUCAAACUCUUUCCAUUAAAGCUCCGAGCAGGGAGUCUUCGCACAUUGUCUCCUUGAUAAAAUGCACUGUAGCUGAUAGAUAACUGAGCUAUCUGCUUUCUCUCUCACCAAAAGUUCACUCUUCAUUACCCUUUUCCGUUAUUAAUGUAUCUUUCUGUCUUUCCCAGAAGUUCUCAGCAGUUCCCAUUAAUUCCUUGAUGCCACAAGCUAGUGGUCCCUCUCCCUGGAGCUCCAGAUGGGGUGGAGCAGUGCUUCAAAAUAGCUCCACUUUCUGUUGAUACCAUUUCCUUUAAGUGGUAUAAGUCAGUGGUUCUCAAACUAAGGCCGCUGCUUGUUUAGGGAAAGCCCCUGGCAGGCGGCCGGUUUGUUUAC